AUGCCCCCGCGGCUGCCAGGGAAGCAUGCGCUGCUUUCAAUCUCCGCCAUAACCACCGCCCGUCUCUACAUCGAAAAUGUCCCGACACUCAGGGCCUUCGGUAUCAAGUCCAUGUACCCGCCAAAGCCAAGCCGUUUCAAUGUUGAACCCCAUCUUCCUGUCCUCACAUCCUACCCGUCGGUGGCCCAUAAGCGGAAAGAAGCCACUAUCCCUCUACGAACCGGCGUCCUGGCCAUAAAAAAGGGUAUGACCGCCAUCUUCGACCAAGAGACUGGCAAACGAACGCCUUGCACCAUCCUCCAGCUCGACCAGGUCCAGGUCAUUUCACACAAAACUCUCAAGAAACAUGGCUAUUUCGCCGUGCAGGUGGGCUGUGGCUGGAAACAUGAGCGCGCCGUCACUCGGCCCAUGUUAGGCCAUUUUGCUGCCAACGGCGUUGCGCCCAAGAGACAUAUCCACGAGUUCCGGGUUAAGGAUGAAAGUGGUCUGCUGCCUAUCGGCGAAGUGAUAAAUGCGGAUUGGUUCCAGGAAGGCCAAUUCGUCGAUGCGCGAUCGAAUAGCCGGGGAAUGGGAUUUGAAGGUGUCAUGAAGCGACACGGCUUCCACGGUCAAGAUCGAAGUCACGGUGUCAGUCUGGCGCAUCGUUCGCUGGGUUCAGCGGGUCCCAGUCAAGGAGGUGGUUCUCGUGUUCACCCGGGGAAGAAGAUGGCCGGGAACAUGGGCAAUGAACAGGUGACUCUCCAGAAUCUGAGGGUGCUGAAGGUCGAUGCUGAGAAGGGGAUUGUGGUUGUUAAUGGGAGUGUAAGUGGCCCCAAGGGCUGCAUUGUGAAACUGCAGGAUGCUAUUAAAAAGCCAUGGCCGAAAAUUGCGCUGAAGAUGGAGAGUUGA